CGCCAAAAUGCGGGCUUUGUCGGGCUCCCCAGCUGACGCAUUCUAAUCACUAGGGUUUAAGGCAAACCCUAAUUCUCGCAACAAUUUUUCAGGUUUUACUGAUUUUUUACAUGAUUAUCUUUCUCUCCCAUUUCUCUUUCCGCUCUGAAUUGAACUUAUAGGGUUUUGCUAUCAAGAAUGAUAUCAUCGAUUUCCUGGGUCCCUAAAGGGGUCUCAAAAUCGGUUCCCUCAGCAGCUGAUCCCCCUUCAAAUGAGAAAAUAGAAGAGAUCCUGAAGAGUGGUAUCCUUGAAACACGUGGAGAGAGUGAAAAUGAGGAAAACAAUGAAGAUAUGAAUGUUGAUGAUGAUGCAGUUAGUCAAGGUGAUGACGAACUUUCCCGUGCAUUGUCUGCUGCCAGUGCACUUGGGAAAACUCCCAAAAGUUCGAAGAUGGAAUCCGAUAGCUUGGCAGAUGCGUUGAAAGAGCUAGACAUGGAUAAUUACGACGAGGAGGAUGAUGGCGUUGAGUUGUUUGGCUCGGGUCUUGGCAACUUAUAUUACCCAAGUAAUGAUAUGGAUCCUUAUUUGAAAGGCCAAGAUGAAGAAGACUCUGAAGAGGAAGAAGAUAUUGCCAUAAAGCCAGAGGAUGCAGUCAUAGUCUGCGCUCGGAAUGAAGAUGAUGUAUGGAUAUUGGAAGACCCGACAAAUGGUGAUUCAAACAUGUAUGUGCACCAUGAUAUUGUCAUCCCAGCAUUUCCACUCUGCACAGCGUGGCUUGGUUGUCCUCUUAAAGGUGGAGACAAAGGGAACUUCAUUGCUAUUGGCUCCAUGGAACCAACCAUUGAGAUAUGGGACCUUGAUAUUAUUGAUGAAGUCCAGCCAUCUGCAACGCUGGGUGGCAUUAUUGAAAAGAAGAGAAAGGGAAAAAAGAAAUCUAUUAAAUACAAGGAUGGUAGUCACACAGAUGCAGUUCUUGGACUUGCUUGGAACAAAGCAUUCAGUAAUGGACUCGCUAGCGCCAGUGCGGACAAGUUGGUCCAAGCUGUCGCAUGGAAUCAUUUUGCUCCCAGUGUUCUUCUUAGUGGAUCGUUCGAUCACACUGUCAAUAUGAAAGAUGUCAGGAUACCUGAACAUCAAGGAGUUACAUGGUCAGUUGCAGCCGAUGUGGAGAGCUUAGCAUGGGACCCACACACAGAGCAUUCAUUUGUGGUCAGUCUUGAAAAUGGCACUGUUACUGGUUUUGAUAUUCGGAAUGCUAGCUCUAAAGCGACCUCUCAGCCUGAAGCAAGCUUUACAAUCCAUGCACAUGACAAAGCAGUCUGCACGAUUGCCUAUAAUACUUCCAUCCCAAAUGUGAAGCUAUGGGAUUUAUUAAACCAACCGUCAUGUAUUGCUUCCAAAAACCCGAAAGCUGGAGCUGUAUUUUCUGUUUCUUUCUUCGAUGAUUGCCCUUUUACGUUAGCUAUCGGAGGUUCCAAAGGAAAACUACAGGUGUGGGAUUUGUUGACUGAUGCUGAGGUGGCUAAAAGGUACGGCAAAUAUGCCAACAAGGCAAAAUCCUCGACUCCCUGAAGGAAUGAUUGGUCAUUGGAUUUAAUUUUUUUUUUUAGUUUAAAAUGUGAAGGUAAUAGUUUGCGGUUGCAUCGAGUAAUUAUACCAUGUAUAGAUUUCAUGUACCAAUUUUGUGGAAACUAGAGUUUAAAUUGAAUGCUAUUGUUGAGCAUUGGAAUCUGUUGGACAAUUUUGUUCAGAUGCUAAACGUGUUCGAAAUAUUCGCUAUGAUGAGUUUGUUUUUCUGGUUCUUCUUGUUUUGCCUGUUGAAUAUUGAAAAGAAAAAAAAAGCUGUGUGUCA